CAUUACCCCGAUCCAAACUUGCCCUUCUCUCUCAUAGCUAGUUUACUAUAAAGGUUAACGGCACACCCAUUGAGAAGUCAAGCAAGACAAUAUCCGCGUGUGAGCUGCAUUUUAUAUAUCAGAUAUUAUUCAAGCUCAUCACAUUAACUACCAAUUGCUACCUUCUCUUCUUCUCUUUCAAUUUAAAGGGCUCUGUAAUCUCAGUUUAUUUCAUAUAAUUUUAAAACCCAUCACCCAGAUAGAAAAACCCACCAUGGCUUCUUCUCGAGAGCCUUGGUUAAUGUUGAGGUUUCUGUUGCUUUUAGUUCUCGCUGUAUAUAAAACGACAGCGUUUGGAGUGGUCGUGAAGGCUGGCCAGAUAGAGCAGCAGCAACAGCUCCAGCAGGAAGGUCCACCGCAACGGCACAAAAACGCAUACGCGACGAUGAUGUACAUGGGGACACCAAGAGACUACGAGUUCUACGUUGCUAUACGGGUCAUGCUCAGAUCUCUCGCUAAAUUACAAGUGGACGCUGAUCUCGUCGUCAUUGCCUCCCACGAUGUUCCUCACCGUUGGGUUCAUACCAUGGAACAGGAAGAUGGUGCAAGGGUAAUGAGAGUGGAAAAUGUGAACAAUCCGUAUAAGAACCAACCCAAUUUUGAUAGGAGAUUUCUAUUAACAUUGAACAAACUCUAUGUAUGGAAAUUGGUGGAAUAUGAGAGGGUGGUCAUGCUUGAUGCUGACAAUCUUUUCCUCAGAAAACCUGAUGAGUUGUUCCAAUGUGGACAAUUCUGUGCAGUCUUCAUCAACCCCUGUAUAUUCCAUACCGGCCUCUUUGUGUUACAGCCAUCCAUGGAAGUGUUUAACGACAUGCUUCAUCAGUUGGAAAUUGGGAAACAUAACCCUGAUGGUGCAGACCAAGGUUUUAUUAGUAGCUACUUUCCUGACUUGCUUGAUAUGCCAAUGUUCCAUCCACCUCUAAAUGGCACCACAGUCAACGGGUCUUAUAGACUUCCUUUAGGCUACCAAAUGGAGGCCACUUAUUACUAUCUUAGACUCCGCUGGAAUGUACCCUGUGGGCCUAACAGCGUGAUUACUUUCCCUGGUGCUCUGUGGUUGAAACCAUGGUAUUGGUGGUCAUGGCCUGUUUUGCCAUUGGGCAUUCAAUGGCAUGAACAACGUCGUCAAAAUAUGGGAUACGGAGCGGAGACGACCAUGGCACUCAUUCAGUGCAUAGUUUUCGUAGGAAUAAUAGCAGUAACACGACUAGCGCGGCCAAAUAUCUCCAAGCUUUGCUAUCGGCGAACAGAAAAGAACAUCUCCGCUAUACAAGCCGGUCUUAAAAUGUUAGCAAUAUGGUCGAUUCUUGCAGCCUAUAUACUCCCCAUCAUCAUCAUUCCUUGCACAAUCCAUCCAUUAUUAGGCUGGGGAUUGUACUUGCUCGGUUCGUUUGCGCUUUGCACUAUAGCGAUCAAUGCAUUUAUGCUGCCGACGUUACCAGUUUUGACUCCAUGUCUAGGGAUAUUUGGGGUCCUUUUGGUCAUGGCAUUUCCUUUAUACUCGAAUGGCAUUAUUAGAGCAUUAUCUAUUUUUGGCUACGCAUUCUGUGCUGCACCUUUUCUCUGGGUAUCAGUGGUUAAGAUCAUGGCAAGCCUUCAAGCAUCCCUUGAAAGGGAAAAUUUCUUCCCUAGAUUGGGUGAAUCUUCGCCGCCUUCUGGAUUCAACAAGUUGUAUUAGUGGCUUAAUGGUUCAAAUCGUUGUGAUUUCAUCGCGGGGACUUGAAAACAUCAUAUGAUUCCAGACAGAUUUAAAGAUGGUUGUUCAUGUGGGAAGAAAAGAUAAAUGGGGAAGUUUGAUUUUGCAUAAAGCUUCCUCUGCCUGUGCACUGUCUCAUUGUAAACCUUUCAACACUUCUGAUUGGCUGGCUAUUACUGUUAGAGGAAAAGGCGGCCAUUGUAGACGUAUAAAGAUUGUUUGAUUUGGAUUCUUAACUUGUCAGUACCUUUCAUUUCUUAAA